CCUCUACCACAAAUCCUCACCUUCCUCCUCACUCUCGUCUCUAUCUUUCGCUCUCAGACUUUACGACAACAAAACUGACAUUAACGACCACCAUGGCUGCCUCCUCUGCCCCCAUGGAUAUCGACGAAGCUACCAUCGAUGAGGGCCUUUACUCGCGUCAGCUUUAUGUCCUGGGACAUGCGGCUAUGAAGCGGAUGGCUGCUUCUAACGUCCUGAUCGUCGGCCUGGAGGGCUUGGGCGUCGAAAUCGCUAAGAACAUCGUUCUUGCUGGUGUCAAGUCCGUUACCAUCUUUGACCCCGAACCCGUGCGCAUUCAGGACCUCAGUACCCAAUUUUUCUUAAGAGAGGAGGAUGUCGGGAAGCCGCGCGCUGCAGUGACUCUUCCUCGUCUUGGCGAGUUGAACGCGUAUGUGCCCGUUAGGGAUCUCGGCGGCGUCGCGGGUCAGCCAAUAACGACGGACCUGGUCAAAGGGUUCCAGGUCGUCGUGCUCGUUAAUGCACCGUUGGAGAAGCAGCUCGAGAUCAACGACUGGACUCACCAAAAUGGCGUUCACUUCAUCGCUGCUGAGACUCGUGGCCUUUUUGGUUCUGCAUUCAACGACUUUGGCCCCAAGUUCACUUGCGUCGACCCUACUGGUGAACAGCCGCUCACCGGGAUGAUCGUCUCUGUCGAUAAGGACAACGAAGGUGUUGUCACUUGCUUGGACGAGACUCGGCACGGACUGGAGGACGGAGACUUUGUUACGUUCACAGAAGUGAAGGGUAUGGAGGAGUUGAACGGCUGUGAACCCCGUAAGGUCACCGUCAAGGGUCCUUACACCUUCGCUAUCGGCGACACCUCCGGCCUUGGCGACUAUAAGACUGGCGGGAUCUUCACUCAGGUGAAGAUGCCUAAGAUCCUUGAAUUCAAAUCCCUGCGCGAGUCUCUGAAGUCUCCAGAGUACUUCGUGACCGACUUCGCCAAGUUCGACCGCCCAGCGACUCUCCAUGUUGGUUUCCAGGCCAUCUGGCAGUUCUUCGCUCAGCACCAGCGUCUUCCUCGCCCAAGAAAUGCCGAAGAUGCCAAGGCUGUCGUCGAUCUUGCUAAAGCCCUCGAUGCUGACGCCGACGAGAAGAUCUUGACAGAACUUUCGUACCAGGCGGUCGGCAACAUUUCCCCCAUUAUCGCAGUCUUCGGUGGCUUCGUCGCACAAGAAGUCCUGAAGGCUUGCUCCGCCAAAUUCCACCCGAUGAUCCAGCACAUGUACUUUGACUCACUGGAGUCCAUGCCCGCCGAUGUACCCACAGAAGCUGACUGUCAACCCCUGCAAUCCCGCUACGAUGCCCAGAUCGCCGUGUUUGGGAAGACGUUCCAGCGGAAGAUCGAGAAUCACAGACAGUUCCUUGUCGGCGCUGGUGCUAUCGGUUGUGAGAUGUUGAAGAACUGGAGUAUGAUGGGUUUGGGCUCCGGAGCGGAAGGCAUCAUCCAUGUUACGGACUUGGACACGAUCGAGAAGAGUAACUUGAACCGUCAGUUCUUGUUCCGCUCGAAGGAUCUGGGCAAGUUUAAGGCUGAGGUUGCUGCUGCUGCGGUGUCGGGUAUGAACCCUGCUCUCGAGGGUCAUAUUCUGAGCAAGCAGGAGCCUGUCGGUCCUGAUACUGAAAAUGUUUACGAUGGUGAAUUCUUCGGUGGUAUCGACGGCGUGACCAAUGCCCUGGACAACAUCAAGGCCCGUCUUUACAUGGAUCAGCGCUGUGUGUUCUUCGAAAAACCUUUGCUCGAGUCUGGAACGCUCGGGACGAAGGGUAACACCCAGGUCAUCAUCCCCCAUCUCACGGAGUCGUAUGCAUCCUCUCAAGAUCCUCCAGAAAAGGAGACACCAUCAUGCACCGUCAAGAACUUCCCGAAUGCCAUUGCUCACACCAUCGAGUGGAGUCGUCAAGAGUUCGACAAUCUCUUCGUCAAGCCCGCUCAAUCCGUCAACCAGUACCUCUCCGAGCCCAACUUCCUUGACAACACUCUCAGGUACUCUGGCCAGCAGAAAGAGCAGACAGAGCAGAUUCUCUCCUUCCUUGUGACGAACAAGCCGAUCACCUUCGAGGAGUGUGUCGUUUGGGCGCGUCUCCAAUUCGAGGACAAGUACAACAAUAGCAUUCGUCAGCUUCUGUACAGUUUGCCGAAGGAUGCUACCACGAGUACCGGCCAGCCGUUCUGGAGCGGACCUAAGCGUGCUCCUGACCCUCUCAUCUUCGACUCGAGCGAUCCCACGCACCUUUCAUACAUCAUCGCCGCCGCUAACCUGCAUGCCUUCAACUACGGCCUCCGUGGUGAGACGGACCCGGCCGUGUUCAAGAAGGUCGCCGACUCUGUCCUCGUUCCUGAGUUCACACCCAGGAGUGGCGUCAAGGUGCAGAUCAACGACGCAGAGCCCGUGGACAACAGUGGCGCUGACGGUAACGACCCCGUUGACCUUGCGGACCAACUCCCUCCUCCCUCUUCCCUCGCCGGGUAUCGUCUGAACCCGGUCGACUUCGAGAAGGACGACGACACGAACCACCAUAUCGACUUCAUCACCGCCGCCUCCAACCUCCGCGCGAUGAACUACGGCAUCAACCCCGCCGACCGUCACACGACGAAGCAGAUCGCGGGCAAGAUCAUCCCCGCGAUCGCCACGACGACGUCGCUCGUCGUUGGCCUCGUCUGUCUCGAGCUGUACAAGGUCAUCGACGGCAAGAACAAGCUCGAGGACUACAAGAACGGGUUCGUCAAUCUCGCGUUGCCGUUCUUUGGCUUCUCGGAGCCGAUCGCGGCGAAGAAGCAGAAGUAUGUGGAUACGGAGUGGACGCUUUGGGAUAGGUUCACGUUUAGGGGCGAUCCGACGUUGAAGGAGAUUAAGGAUUGGUUUGCGAAGGAACACAAGUUGGAUAUUACGAUGGUCAGUCAGGGGGUCAGUAUGUUGUGGAGCUCGUUCAUUGGGAAGAAGAAGAGCGAGGAACGUCUCCCGAUGAAGUUCAGCAAACUUGUCGAGCAUGUUAGCAAGAAACCCGUUCCACCGCACGUGAAGCACUUCAUCGUGGAGGUCAUGGUCUCCGACGAGGAGGGUGAAGACGUCGAGGUCCCCUUCAUCGUUGUCUGGAAAUAGAUGCGAAGUUAGGCCUUUGUAUUCCUGUGAGACGCUCGAGGAUCUGUCGUCGUUGUUGUAUGCGGAGAGAAGUUACCUGUGAUGUCAAUGUACAGAGAAGCAAAUAAUAGAGGUGUAUUGUUGAUAUUCC